AGUUCGUUUCAUCAACUUAUAAAGCGCCAGAAGAGGAAGCCACACAAGCGAAUUCGUCAUGAGCGAGCGUGAUAAUGAUGGGUUGCACGUUUCAAGGGUAUAUGCCAAUGCCAAUGAGCUAAAAGGGAACGAAUGGUGGGACUAUGAAGGGACUGCGAUUCGUUGGGAAUCACAAGAUGGGUAUGAAAUUGUGAAGAAAGUGGGCCGUGGUAAAUAUAGCGAAGUAUUUGAAGGUGUUUCGAUUGACCGGAAGGAGACUGUUGUCAUCAAGGUGCUGAAGCCUGUUAAGCGUAAGAAGAUCAAAAGAGAGAUCAAGAUACUUGAGAACUUGAGUGGGGGUCCCAACAUCAUUGAGCUGUUGGCGAUUGUACGUGAGCCGAUCUCAAAGACACCGGCGUUGGUGUUUGAGUACGUCAACAAUACCGAUUUCAGAACGCUGUAUCCAAAGCUCACGGACUAUGACAUCAGAUAUUACAUGUACGAUUUGCUUGUUGCGUUGGAUUUCUGCCAUUCUGUCGGUAUAAUGCACCGUGAUGUUAAACCGCACAACAUCAUGAUUGACCAUGAAAAGCGUAAGUUGAGACUCAUCGACUGGGGUCUGGCGGAGUUUUACCACCCUGGUGUCGAUUAUAACGUGCGUGUUGCCUCGAGGUACUUCAAAGGUCCCGAAUUGCUCGUUAACUAUAAGUACUAUGACUAUUCCUUGGACCUCUGGUCUUUUGGUGCAACGUUGGCAAGUAUCAUCUUCAAGAGGGAGCCUUUCUUCCAUGGAAAGUCCAAUACGGAUCAGCUCGUCCAGAUAGUGCGUGUACUAGGUACAGAUGAGCUAUUUGCAUACCUGGAUAAGUAUAAGAUUCAACUUGGACCAGAAUACGAAGAUUUGGGACAGUACACGAGGCGUCCAUGGAGUCGUUUCAUCAACGAAGAAAACAUGGAACUCGCGUCGCAAAGGGAUGCUGUGGAUAUCAUCGACAAAGUGCUGAGAUAUGACCAUAAGGAUCGUCUCACUGCGAGAGAGGCUUUGGACCAUAGCUAUUUCGACAUGGUUAGAAACGACAAGCAAAAGAACUGAGCCAAAACACCAAACUGGAUAUAGCUAUUGUAUACAGACUAUGGCCGGGAGCUCACCAUCCUUACUCUUAGCAACGAAGCGUAUGUACAAUAAUAAGACAACUUUUUAUGAAGAGUGUACUCUUAUGGGUCAACUGAAGGAUCCUAUCCAAUGAAGACAGCUCUUUGC